AGGUGUAUGAGAAUCACCGGUAAGAUGGCAGAACAAGCACUAUAUUACCUUAGAUUAACGUGUAGUUUUAAUGUUUUAUGGCAGAAUGCUUCAUAACAAGCAUAAAAAAGAUCGCUAGUAGUUAGUUUCAGUAACUGUUAGCUAGCUAACAAGCUAACUUUCCAGUUCCACCUUAAAUAACGCUACAGGUGGCAGCGGGCUGCAGCAUUUAAGGCGGAACGGAAAAAUAACAAUAAGCUAAUCAGAGCUAAUUUCAGCUCCCCAUCACAGAGGAAUUAAGGAAUGGACAAUAUGAAUUAAUUUCUCCACCUCCUGCCCCCUUUCUGAAGAAAUACAACCACCUUAAAUUAACUAGUUAAUCAGCAGCUGCUCCUGAACUUUAGCUCUCCACUGCUAUCAUCACAUCAGCCCAGCAGCGUCACCUACACACCACCGCUAGUAGCCUGGUAAUAAAGCAGUGUUAUUUAUUAUUUAUUUAUUGUUCAUUAACGUCAUUGUGAUAUCCCAGUGAUUCCUCUGUCACUGAGGACCCACAUUCCUGCACAUUUUAUUGUUUUUGUAACACAUUACCUUCUCCAGGACCAGUGUAUAUUUUAGAGGCUUUUUUUUCAAUAAGUUUUCAAUAAAUUUUUAUAAAUCAAAUCGUUUUGAAUCAAAAAUCGAUUUUGAAUCGAAUCGUGGCCCCCAAAAUCGGAAUCGAAUCGAAUCGUGAGAUAGUAAAAGAUUCCCACCCCUACUGGGGAGGUCCAUAGACAUCCCACCCGACACUGAAACACCUGGAAUGUCCACAGAUGUCAAACCAGAGCCAGCGCCGGCAGAGACCACCCAGGACCUCACACCCAACUGCUCAAACACAGACUGCCAGCGGCUUCUGAGAGAAAAUCAGGAGCUCAAGGCACGUCUGGGUUUGGGGAAGGGAGAAUGCCCCAGGCAGGACUGCCAGCAUAAAAGCCAGGAGCUCUCCAGGAUAGCGCAGCUCUACAUGGCAAGCCCCCAGAAGAAGCUCCGAAAUAAAUUUUCCAGAAAGGAUGAUUUUGAAACAGAGCAUGCCCCAAAAUAUGAACAAGUCCUACAAGACUUUUUUGUCUUCUGUGUCGGGGUCAAUCCUUCAAGCAAAGUGAAAGACAACGGCAAAACCUGCCGGAGCCACGUCCGCAGGUUUCUUUUGUUUGCAGGAGAGGGCAAGCUCCUGAAGGGGGACUUUUCCUUUUUAGCCAGCUCAACGAAGAUUGCAGAGUGGGUGGAGGUUCUGAAAACAGACCGAAUGAAACCCACGACCAUAAGAAUUAAUCUAGUAAACAUCCACAAGUUCUUCAAAUUCCUAAACAACCUGCCUGCAACCCAAACAAAACUCAGCAUGAGGGACUUCCAAAAGGAUCCAUGCACAGAUAAAGGCGCGCCUGAAGGAUCUACAGAAGGACGUCACUGUACAUGGCGGAGGAAGGCAGUUGAGACAAAGGACACAAACUCAUUAAGUUAUCUAAAAUACUUCUCUGUAUUAAAGGUCCGUUACUUGCAAGAUCUGGCCGUUAGCGCCUGGUCGUCAAGACCAGCCGGUUGUUAGUCAAACUGUAUGUGUAAGAAAGAAAUGAACUCCUUGUGAGUGGAAGUCGUUCCCAGAGCUCUGUUUUAAUAAAGUGUUAAUUGCUGAA